AUGGUCAAAUCAUCCCAUUUACAAAUUUCUAAUCCUAUUCAGUUUCAGAUCCGGAUAGACGAACGCUCACGAGACAAGAAGCAAAGAGAACUCGAAGGAAGAGGCGAAGUGGGCGAAGACUCGAAGAAGAGAGGCCAUAUAGGAGAGAAUUCGAAAGGCACGAACGGACGGAUGUGGAUGGAUCGUAAGAACGGAUCAGCGUUGGAAUUCCGAAGGACUGAGAGCAGAAGCGAACAGGACGAGUCGUGA